AUGGGCACAGCAACCUUCAACUCCCAAUACAACGCAGACCCCUACGCCCUCCCAACAACAGAACUCGUCCACCGCGCCCUAUCCCACGGAAUCCGCGCCUUCGACACAUCACCCUACUACGGCCCCGCCGAAUCCCUCCUCGGCCAAGCCCUAUCCUCACCCGCAAUCACCACCUCCCACCCAAGAAACACAUACCACCUCCUUACAAAAGUAGGCCGAAUCGCCUCGUCCUCAUUCGACUACUCCCCACCCUGGAUCCGAUCCAGCGUCCGCCGCAGUCUGAACAGAUUACACACAAAUUAUCUAGACGUCGUCUACUGCCAUGACGUCGAAUUUGUCACUCCCGCAGAAGUCUUAACCGCUGUGCGCGAAUUGCGACGCCUUCGCGAUGAAGAAGGUGUGCUGCGCUAUGUUGGUAUCUCGGGAUACCCGGUCGACGUACUCUCAGCACUUGCGGAAAUGAUUCUCGUCCAGACGGGUGAACCGCUCGAUAUCGUUAUGAGUUAUGCGAACUUUACGUUGCAGAAUACGCGGUUGGCGACACAGGCGUUGCCUAGGCUGAUCAAGGCUGGUGUGGACGUUGUACCUAAUGCUUCGCCGUUGGGGAUGGGACUUUUGCGUAGGGAUGGGGUGCCGAUUGGGUCUAUGGGGGAUUUUCAUCCUGCGCCUGAUGCUUUGCGGGGUGUUGUGCGUGAUGCGGCGGGUGUUGCUGAUGGACGUGGGGAGAAGUUGGAAGUUGUUGCUAUUCGAUUUGCGCUUGAGUCGUGGUUGAGGGAUGGGGCUGGGGCGGGUGGUUUUGGGGCGCCGAUGGCGAAGGGUGUGGAUUCGGAUCCCGGGUUUAUUUCUGUUAAGAGUGUGGGUGCUGGGAGGAGAUUGGGGGUUAGUGUUAUGGGGGUGAGUAAUGUUGCUGAGUUGGAUGAGACGUUGAGGGUUUGGAAUAGUAUUGUUGAUGGGCUUGAGAAUUGUGAGGAUGGGGAGUUCGAAGGGAAGGGUGCUUCGACUCCGACGACUUCAAAUAUUUUGACGCCGUCUGAGGGAUUGAUUACUGAUCGGGCUUGGUCUCGUACGCGCCGCGCAAAUAUUUUGCAGCUGGCUGCUGAGAUUCGUGAUGUUAUUGGGGAGGAAUGGGUGGAUUAUGUUUGGGCAAGCCCUGACGCGGACUUCAAGAACUCGUUGUCCGAGGAGCAUCUCGCUUUCGUUGAGAGUCUUGAGGUCGAAGGGGAGGUCAUCGAUUCCCCUGCCAUUGACUAUUCUACUCAGGAUGAGGGAAUGUUGACCCCGCCGUUGGAUGUGGAGAGACGGCUUGAGUAA